ACCAGUACAUCACACGUAGAUCGUUAUCACUCAACUAAUUUUCGCGCCAACUUAACUAUCUUUCUCCAUUUUUCCAUGGUUUCGAGAAACGAAAACUGUCUCGAUUUUCCCGGUUCUUCGAUGGACGAAUCGAAGAUGACUUUAUUACCUCUUCUAAGAUGUUUUUAUCGAUUUAUGAGAAUUUUUAAAGCUCUAUCGAUUAUUGUCGUUGAAUCUGCGUACUUAAUUGGGAAUAACACUUCGUCUAUCGAUGAAGCAUUUUAAUUAUUUACUUUUCUUAGGAGUAGCAAAUUCGAUCUUUUUCUACUGUGUUGUGUUUACAAAAUGAAUAUGAAUAUGAAUAAGCAUGUUACGUUAUCAUCCUCGAUUGUGAUAUUAAGAGCAUAUAUCCUUCUAAUUCUAAAUUUGACUUUAUAUAUCCCGGACAAAUUUGCUCACAGACACAAAGUAUCAGUGUGUAGUGAAUUAAUAUAAACGCUGGAAUGCUGUAAAUAUUUUAACUUUAUAGUUAUCCUGUAAAUUCUUAUUGAUUGUUAUAUUUCAUUUUUUAUAAUAGAUAUAACGUAUACAAUCUUUAAUAUUCAGUUACAAACAUUAUAAAUGGCUACUAAACGUACGGCAACUACAGAUUUAAAUCAUGAUAAUUGGAAUGAAGAAAACGAACCUGAAGAUGCAGGAACAUUUACAAAGGCAUCUGACGAAAUUCUUCAGAAAAGAGUAAUUAAAGCUGCUAGGCGUAGAUUAGCUCCAAAAGAUGAAACAAGCAAAAAUGCAUUUGGUGGAUUUACAGGUUUCAAUACCCCAACUACUAGUUCAUCUCCAUUUAAUUUCUUAGCAUCUACAAGUACUACUUUUCAAUCAUCAUCCUCGUCAAUAUCAAACACGAAUAGUGGAAUUACCAAAAGUUCAGAAAAUGGAACUAGUAAGACAGAAAAUGUCCAACAAGUCAAACCAUCAUUAACUGAAAUAUCUGAAAAUGAACAAGAAAAUGACAAAGUUUCUAAAAAAUCUCCAGAAUACUUUGCGCAAUUAAAAGGAUUAAAUGAAAGUGUUGCACAGUGGAUUAAAACACAUGUAGAUGCAAAUCCAUUUUGUAUUUUAACACCUAUAUUUAAGGAUUAUGCAAAUUAUUUAAAUGAAAUAGAAUUAAAAUAUGGGAAUGAAUCUAAGAAACCAAAACAUGAUGAACAAACUUCAUCUGGAAAGGAUAAUACCAAGGAAAAUAAUAGCAAAGAUAGUAGUAAUAAAAGUGAAAGUGAUAGUACUCAUGAAGUUACAAAUGUAAAAGCUUAUUCUGGAGUAUCAGAUUGGAAACCAGAAAAAUCAAUCUUUGGAAAUGUCAGUGUUAAUGCUAAAUCAAUAUUUGGUAAUAUAGAACAAAAAUCAGAUACUCCAAAAUCUAUUUUCAAUAACAUAGAGCAACUUACCAACAUACAGAAACCAAUUUUUGGUAAUGUUGAGACAAAGACAUCUAAUAAAAAUAUAUUUGACAAACCAAAUUCAGAAAGAAACCCACUAUUGACUAAGCCAACUUCAGGUUCAGAAAUUAAAGAUGAUAAUGAAUCAAAAUCUGAUAAAAUAAGUAGUGGUCUUACAUUUACAUCCUCUAAUACUACUACAUUUAGUUUUGGUCAAAGUUCUACAGCUACUAGCCCAUCUGCUGGUUUUAGUUUUGGAAAUACAAAACCAUUCUCAUUUGGAGCUCAAGUCGUAAAAUCACAAGAUAAUGAAGACAAAUCUGAAAAUCAAUCUAAAGAUGAUGAUGCUGAGGAACCUCCAAAACCAGACUUUAAACCAGUUACAGAAGAAGGAGCAAUCUAUGAACAAAGAUGUAAGGUGUUUAUUAAAAAAGACGGCGUUUUUAGUGAUAGGGGUAUAGGGACAUUGUUUUUGAAACCAACGCCAAACGGAAAGACGCAGUUAAUAGUACGAGCAGAAAAUUCAUUGGGAAAUUUAUUGUUGAAUACUUUAUUAACUGAAAGUAUUCCUACACAACGUAUGAAUAAAAAUACCAUAAUGUUGGUUUGUCUGCCAGAUUCACAACCUCCACCUACACCAGUUUUGUUAAGAGUGAAAACUAGUGAAGAUGCAGAUGUUUUACUAGAAACUUUAAAUAAACAUAAAAAAUAAAUUGAAAAUAAAAUAUCUAGGUACUGUAUUUGACUAGCAUAAUGAGAAUACUAUAUAAGCAUAAUGAGAUAACUAUAAGAAAAGAAAGCAUAAUGAGAUAACUAUAAGAGUACACAGUAUGUUGCAACAAAUUUAAUAUCAUAGGUAAAAAUUUUUAAGUUAGAACAUAAAUGUGUUAAUUGUUGCAUCAUCUUAUACUCUUACUAUAUUAUGCUACUACCAUUUUUGAAGUAAAGAUGCCAUUAUCAACUACUCGUAUGAUUAUGUAUAAAAGCUUUAAAGCAAAAUUAAUGUGUGUGCAACGUUCGUGAUUAGAUAAAUAUUAUAUUGUAUAUUUGAAACUUACCCUGUUAACACAGGUAAUAUUUGUAAUAUAUUUGACAUUUCGUAUGACUAACAGUUUUUUUGUUUUGUCCAGAAAAAAUAAUGAAAAGAUAUUUAGAAAUUGUAAUGGCAUUUGCAGUUAACUUUUUAAUUUAUAAAAGAGUAAUAACAAAAUUGCAUUAUUAAAAAAUGGUAUAUAUCAUUAAAAAAAAUAAGUGUUUCUAAAAAUAUUAUAUUCUUUUUCAUUUAUCAAUCAUUCAUUAGUUUCAAUUUCUUAAACUUUCAAAACGUUUAGAUAUUCUUAUUUUCCUGAUUAAAUAAUUUAAAUUAUAAUUUCUUUUAAUAAAUUUUGUAUUUUCAAAUAUAUAACAUAAGUAUGCUUAUUAAAAUUACAAAAAUUUGUUCAUUAUCAAACAAAUACUACAUAAAUGUAUCAAUAUAAUUUUUUCUUAUAUUGAUAAUGAUGUUAUAGUGCAUGUCUGUAAUAAAUAGCACACUAUGGAAUUGUCUGAUGUAUGACAUUAAAAAUAUAAGUUUUAUAUAUUAUACGGUCAUGUCUAGUAAAUAUUGAAUAUAAACCAUGAAAAGAAUAAAUGCUAUUUUUUUCUUAGAAUAAUGUAUAUUUAUUAUCUCCACUUUUUGUUCAUAAUAACAAAGAUAUACCAUUUAUACAAAUUCUCUCUGUUGAGUAUAUAUAUGAAAAUGAAAAUAAAAAUAAAAUUCCAUUCAUAAAAUUAAUGUAUUGCAUAAAUGAAAAAAAAUAUUUAAUUUAUCAUUAGUGACCUAUACUUACCUAACAUUUAAUUACUACAAUUGUUAGUAUAGCAUUUUUGUACUAAUGCUAAAUUGUAAGACAAAUCGUAACAGAUAUACAAACAGUAUUAUUAAACUUUUUAGAUUAAACAUUUUUACAAGAAUUUGUAAAAUAUCAAUGAAGAUUUUCAAUGAAUACAACGAAAUUAAUUUUCGAAAUCCCUAGUUAUCAUUCACAUUGUAUAAAAAUAAAGAUGUAGGCUACAUAUUGAAGUUCAUAAAAGAAUACUCUCAAAAUAUAUUAUUUUAAA